CGGGCCAUGGCGGCGGUGGUGGCGCUGGCGGAGGCGGCUCGGCUGGGCUGGUGGGUGGCCGCGUUCUGCUUGGGCGCCGCCGCGGGGGGGGAGGCGGUGCGGAAGCCGCGCGUGUUGGGCGUCUGUCUGGAGGAGGACGGAGCCGCCGCCGCGGAGUGGGCGCGCGGAGGGGACAACCCGGACGCGCCCGAGGAGGCGACCUUCCGCCUGCGCCUGUGGGGCCCGGGCUUGGCCAACAGCUCGUGGUCCUGGGUGGGCCCCGAGGGGGGGGGGGGGGGGGGGGGGGGGGCGCGGCGGGGGCGUGGCUGCGCCGGAGGCGGGGCUUCGGCGCCUCUGCAGGAGGUCGUGACCCCCGCGGGCGAGUGGCGCGCGCUGCUGCGCGUGCGCGCGGCGGCCGGGUCUCCGCGCUCGGAGCUGCUGCUGCUGCGCGUGCGCGUGGAGCCGGCCGAAGCCGCGGCGGAGGCGGCGCCGCCCUGGGCCCUGGCGCUGGCGGCGGCGGGGCUGCUGGCGCUGGCGGCGCUGGCGCGGGGCCUGCAGCUGAGCGCGCUGGCGCUGGCGCCCGCCGAGGUGCAGGUGCUGCUGCGCGAGAGCGGCUCGGAGGCGGAGCGCGCGGCGGCGCGGCGCCUGGAGCCGGGGGCGGCGCUGGGCGGCUGCGCGCUGAGCGCGUGGCUGCUGCUGGCCUGCCUGGCGCAGGCGGCGCUGGUGGUGCUGCUGGAGCGCGCGGCGGGCCCGCGCGCCGUGCUGGGCGUGCUGGGCGGCGCGGGGCUGGCCUUCCUGCUGGGCGAGGUGGCGCCGGCCGCCGUGAGCGGGGCGCUGACGCUGGCGCUGGCCCCGCGCGCGCUGCAGCUGAGCCGCCUGGCCGUGCUGCUCACGCUGCCCGUGGCGCUGCCCGUCGGGCAGCUGCUGGAGCGCGCGGCGCGGCCCGGCUGGCUGCGCGAGCGCGUGCUGGAGCUGGCGCGCGGGGCGGGCGACCCGGCCGGCGAGCUGGGCAAGGGCGCGCUGCGCGGCCGCACCGUGGAGGACGUGCUCACGCCGCUGCAGGACUGCUUCAUGCUGGACGCGGGCGCCGUGCUGGACUUCGGCGUGCUGGCCGCCAUCAUGCAGAGCGGCCACACGCGCAUCCCCGUGUACGAGGACGAGCGCUCCAACAUCGUGGACAUGCUCUACCUCAAGGACCUGGCCUUCGUCGACCCCGAGGACCGCACGCCGCUCAGCACCAUCACGCGCUUCUACAACCACCCGCUGCACUUCGUGUUCAACGACACCAAGCUGGACGCCGUCCUGGAGGAGUUCAAGCGAGGGAAAUCUCAUCUGGCCAUAGUGCAGAAGGUGAACAACGAGGGCGAGGGUGACCCCUUCUACGAGGUGCUGGGCCUGGUCACACUGGAGGACGUCAUCGAGGAGAUCAUCAAGUCUGAGAUCCUGGACGAGUCUGAAGACUACCGAGACACAGUGGUGAGGAGGAAACCCACCUCCCUAAGUGCCCCUCUUCAGAGGAAGGAGGAAUUUUCCCUCUUCACGGGGCCCGACGAUCUCUGUAAAGUCAAGAUCUCACCACAGCUGCUCUUGGCCACUCAGCGCUUCCUCUCCAGAGAGGUGGACGUUUUCAGCCCACUACGGAUCUCAGAGAAGGUCCUGCUGCACCUGCUGAAGCACCCCAGUGUCAACCAGGAAGUGAGGUUUGACGAGCACAACCGCCGGGCUGCCCACCACUACCUGUACCAGCGCAGCCAGCCUGUCGAUUACUUCGUGCUCAUCCUGCAGGGCAGGGUUGAGGUGGAGAUUGGGAAAGAGGGCCUGAAGUUCGAGAACGGGGCCUUCACCUACUACGGAGUGUCGGCCCUGACCACACCCUCCUCAGUUCACCAGUCCCCAGUGGCCUCCCUUCAGUCUGCACGUCAGGACAUACCACCGGAACCUGCUGAUGUUGCCCGGCCGUCCACCUACUGCCCAGACUACACCGUGCGAGCACUCUCUGACCUGCAGCUUGUGAAGGUCACACGGAUCCAGUACCUCAAUGCACUCCUGGCAACCCGAGCCCAGAACUUGCCCCAGUUGCCCGAGAAUGCGGAGCUGCAGAUAAUCCCGAGCAGCCAGGCUCUGCUGUGCAAUGACAAGGCUGCAGCCACCAUUGCCACAGGGUCCAACCACAGCAGAUCUGGUCUCCCAUCUGAUGAGAGCCCCGGACGGAACCCGGGGGUAUAAAUGCUGGCCUGGUGGCGCCACGCCCAAGCAGUGGAGAGAGCCAGGCAGCAGCUUCCUGCCAGUGUGUCCCAUCCCAACAGGCCACGUUUUAGAUGGCCUUGUAGGUAUAGGUCCUGGGCAGUCCUUGGCACUAGGAGCCCGAGCUGGGCUCAGCCCGGGUACUCCCCCUCCUAGCCUACUUGUGGAAAGAGUGACCAGAGCAAUGUCCAGGCACAGCCUGCUCCCAGCCCUGCCAAGCGCAGAUGAGAGCAGAGUCGCCGCCUUCACAUGACUGCUUGCUUGGCCUGUCAUUUGCCAACUCUCUGCUGCUGGCAACACUUUCUGUGUGAACCACUUCACCAGUUUGAACUGGGAAUGGUUAAAGGUGUUCAAUCCAUCACCUUGACCACGGUGAAUUUUGGAUUCCCCCAGAAAUGUCUUGUCUGUAGCAUGUGCCCCAGCCCCACUUAGGUGCCAAACCUCGGAGAAUGUGCUCCUAUGUACCUCCCUCAACCCUUCUCCCUCCCGUGGAGGUUUCUCUUUUAACCCCAUCUGGGGCCCCCUCACAAACAAAGACAGACAUUUCUGCCCGUCUUGCUUUGUUGCCCCAAUAGCAUUGUCACCCUGUGUGUUCUAAGAAGAGGUCACAAGUUGGUGCUGGACAGUGUUGUUCUGACCCUGAUCUUGUGAGGUCCCAGGAUUGCCAGCUGAGAGAUCUCUUCCAGCCUGUCAAGGCCCUGGGUGCAGAUGUGUUGGUGCUGGCACAUAGGAGAGAGCGGCGAGGAUGGGAAGGGCUGAUUGUGGCCCGGGUUGGUCCCCACCACCUUUGUGAAGGAAGGAACAUGAAAUUGGGAGUUUUUUCAUGUGAAACAUUUCAAGCUCACUGCUUUUGUUCUUGUCUAUGGGGUUUGAGAGUAGGAACCAGAUGCAUUUGUCCUUUUCCUUUGGCUUGACACCAGCACUUCAAGCUCAAUCGGAAACCAGGAAUCUGAGUCUAGAUUGAACAACAG